ACUUGCUAUAAUAAGACAGUGAUCUAACCAGGGCAAAAAGAGGGUCCACAGUGUGUCUGAUGUGGGCUCACAUAAGCAUUUCUACCUCUGGACGAGAUACAUCAUCAAGACUGGCAUAAAAGCAAACACAGAAUUUUAAAUUGGCUGGAUACUAUUUAUAUCACUAUGCCUGUGCCAUACACUGAUGUACCCAAGAAAGAGCAACAGGAACUGUGUUCGGACACAGAUGGAGUAUGUCUGAACCUGGGGAAGAAGAUCAGUGUUCCUCGGGAUCUGAUGAUGGAGGAGCUCAAUCUGCUGUCCAACAGAGGAUCUAUAAUGUUCCACGAGAGACUCAAAAGAGUGGAGAGGUUCACCUCGGAGAAUAUAGCACAGAGACACCUGAAUCACUUAGGGGAAACACUUCAAGGCCAGAAUGCGAUGCAAGGAGAGAAAGGAAAUGAUUGCUUAACCUCUGAAAUCUACAUCAAACAUCCUGGAAAGAACAGCCUAGUCACCACACUAAAGCACACGGUUUCGAAGAAAGGAAGCCCAAGCGUGCUUGCACCUGGUUAUGGGGGGCCUCUGAAAGAGGUUCCUCCAGAAAAGUUCAAUGUCACUGUGAUCCCCAAAUCUUACCAGUCACCCUGGGAGGAAAAACCCAUUGAAAAUGAGACGCUGUUGGCUAUCAGUACCCACCUGCCUGAGCCACCUUACAAACUCACCCCAGCCAACUACAAAUGCUUCAACAGAGCUCCUAUGCCGUUUGGUGGCACAGCAGGCACUGUGAGGACUCUGCCGCUGCCUGGCUUUGAGAUGCUGCAGGCUCACACGGAGCCACACCUGACCUGGGACAGGAUGUGCCAUCGGCCCAAUUUCAAUCGUACUCCACAGGGCUGGAGCAUCCAGUACCCUGCAGAGUCUCCCGAUCUGUGAAGCUGGCAUACACAACUAUUUUGCCAAACUUACAUCUGAACACUGGAUUUCUGAGGGAUGCCUAAAUUGCUACUGUGAAUUGUGAGCCGAGCCAUUAUGAACCAUCAAAUACCAAUUUAAAAAGUUUACACACAAUGUUUAUAAGCACAUUUACACAAUCGUUCUCACAAGAUUUCAAAAUGUGAUGCUUCUUUAAUGUAACCACAAACUAGACAGGCGUACAUUAAAAACAAAAGUCUUAAAAACAUUUCAGGACAACACGCUUUGCAGAAAAAAAUGGGAAGAGAUGGACACUAGCACAAACUGUAAUAUGAAUCCUGGAAUAUUCUAGAGGUGCAGGACAAUAAAAUGUCAAACAAAUAAAGACCUCAGGUGCAUGAAAUAGUCAA